GGGGACAGGUUCUUCAGACCAGAGAGAGGAGCCAGAAUAAUGUUCCGCCGGCUCUCAAAGCCAUGCGUGCAUUAGGACGACCAUCCAAGUCGGUCAGUCGUGUGAAGCGAGGGAGAGCUAAAAUUGCAGCACGGUUUGGGCCCACUGAACAAACCAACGGGAAGGUGCCAACGAAGUAGCACAAUCGAAGGACGGCGGCGAGUUUUACUGCGCUCUAGGAGAAGGCUGCAAUGCAAAUCUGUUCUGCUGACUGAGGCCCAGCAGCAUCGGUGGAUAGGAGUUUCACGAAGUGUGUAAGCUCGAAAAUCGUAUCGGCGAAACUCUUGAUCUCACCUCAUCGUCCUCGUGAGGGCCGAUCCGAGCAAUGGGGCUCGAGUAAACUACUCAUCUCAGCAGAACGGAGAUAAGAAGGGCAGGGAACGCCUUCGCUUCGCCUGAAUGUUCGAUCAGGAUUUGUGGAAUUCACAACGGAAGACUAUCAUGAUCAUAAGCAGGUAGUGUGAACGUAUCAGCAUCGAUAUAUGAUUAGUUCGUCCAUUCUACUGUACGGUUAGCUUGGACUGCGGUCCGAGCACGAGCAGAUGAGAAGCACGAGCAGAGAUGCUGUCUUACCAGCCUUACAUAACUACGAGGAGGGAGGGCUGAACGACUUCACCUCGUGCUCGUUUUCUUCGAAAUCUUCAGCACGAGUCGAGGCGAGAGUUUCAUUCAAGUUCAUGCGCCUACGAGAUCGAUCAUCAAGACCCACUUCGGCCUCGACGGACGUGAUGAUUUUGACUCGGAACCAACCUCGGUGAUGGACUUCACGCAGUGCAUUUCCCCGACUCUGCAAGAUGAUGCAUGGGUCGAGCAGCAGCAGCAGGUAGCGCUGUGGGAUCAACAUCUGCUAUUUUUGAGGGAGCAGCAGCUGUGCCUGUGGGGACAGAAUGAAUCCGAGCUGCAGUACCUGUACGAAUGCGAUCCUUCGUAAAGGUACUGCAGUUCUGUGGGGAGUUCUAGACCUCCUACUAGACGGAUGGGUUCAUAUUCCAGCAAGAACAGCUCCAGCAUUCACAGUCUGCAAUCGUUCGACGACUAUGACAAGGAAGCUCAGCUCGACAGCUGGAUCUCGUGCUCCGGUUGUAAAGUCUUCUGCCUUCCCCUACAGUUGCAGAUUCUGACUCUUCUCCUUACCUGGCUCUAGACGGUCAUCUCUCGGGAAUUCGAAUUCUAAAAUUCCAGUCCGAGACUUGUGAGUUUGCCGGUCGGGUCCGCCGAGGACGACAAGAUUUCUGCAAUUUUCAUUGUCCAAUUAAAUUGCAACUGUCUAUCGUCCGGCUGGUACAACCGGUGAGAGAAAACCUCCAGGCGAAGAACUCCGGCCUUCAUUUGAUUAAGCCCCUGUCCGCUGCCGAUCCCUGGAACUUUCUACCGUCGGAAGAUCUAUUGUACAGCUCCAAACCUGUGGGCCCCCACUGCAGCUCCCGUUACAUCCAUAUUUCUCGAAUUCUGCCUCUGUCCAAGACAAUCCUAGCUGGUACGAUCUGAAAGCAGCGGACAGGAGGCAAAUGCGAGAGCUCGGUCACUCCGUUCACAGCAUCCGUCAUCGACAGUAGGAAACAAGGAGGGCUAAGCAGUAGAAGAACGCAGCGCUGAUAAGUCUCGAGACAUGGAAGACGAUUGCAUGUCCAUCGACUCGAAUGUCACGAAGCCCAUGGACGCAGUUCUGCGCCCUCCUUGCCUUCUUUCUCCUCCUCCUCAGCAGCGGCAGUUGCAGCCAAUGCCAACUGCGUAUCGGGCAACUACGGCUCCAUGAGUGUGGUGACGCUGAUCCGCGACCUCGCCACUUGCGCCGGGGCCGCAAAUCAACUACUCUCGUCUGAGUAAGCUCAAGGAGGCCAGGAUGGCGCUGGUGGAGGUCGCCAAGUCGCGCCUGACGCAGAGCUCGAAGCUGGAGCUGUGCGACGGCGACUACGUGGUUAAGGAGAAUCGCGGCUUGGUGAGCGCAGUGCCGCAUUACUACUCCGUCAUAUUGCCGCAUAUAAGGUUCAACCACUUUAGCUGCGACGGCUAAACGCCGUAAGAGGAGACGGGCUGCGUCGUCAUGGGGUGGACGGGCAAGCCCAUCAUCGCGGCCUCGUCGUGGAAACGAUGAGACUGAGAUUGAAGUUCAAUAGAGAUCGCGUUUCUUGGCCUCUCUCCGCUCGCCUUUGAAUAGCUUGGCUUCAUGUUGUAGUUGUACUCGACCCUUUUACUGCACACGACAGACAGACAGACACGCACGCACCAACCUCCCGAUCGAAUCAACAAUCUCGGAGCUAUCAAACAGCCGCAAAUUACUUGGAAUGGAUGGGAGGCGCAAAUUCGCAAUACACAGAAGAAGAAGAAAAGACAAGUUGGUUGAGGUGAUCCGCAGCUCCGACACUUAUUCAUCGGCCUUGUAACCAACUCCCAUCGUUCGGUCAGCGAGUACUUCGCAAGUCUCUUGGAUGUUGUGAGUUGGUGCUUCGUACGAACAUGGUCAUGGGACGCUCCACUCCCCCAUUUCUCGCUUAUGUCGAACUUGAUCGCCGAAAAUGGCUGAGGCGCAGUUGCAUAUGACCGUCGCAUGAAUCUUGCUAGGAUAGUAUGUAUGCUUGAUAGCAUAAUUCGGAUUUACGAAACUUUCAGCUCUCGGUCUUCGAUUGACGCUCGGUUUCAGCUGGUCUGGCUGCCCGUGGAUGUGAAACUGGAGCCAAUUGAUUACCAACUUCACCGUUCCCGCCGUCUAGAGUUUGUUCCCAAUCGAUUCGCUGAACCGGGAACGUCGAGAGGAAGUGAGCAUUUUUAUUGUUUGUAACACCGUCAUUUAGGCUUCAUCAGAAUAAAGCAUCGCUCAGAUCGAUCCACCUCCAUGUCAUUUGG